AGUAAUUUCAGUGUAAAACCCGUAGCAUUUGCCUAAACAUCAAUAUGAAAUAUCAAACGGUUUUAAUUUGUGCCAUAAUUUUGCCAGCCGUCUUGGCCAUAACACCGCAGAGACACAGAGUCGCUGAGUUGCUGAUUGGCGAUGAAGCUAACCUCAUUGAUCCCGAUUGUUUCGCCCAAGUUAAAAACGAAUUAAUGCGUGAAAUCGACGAUGCCGUGGAGAAAUAUGUUGAGAAGGUCGAAAACGGCCAGAUCAUUUACAAAAAGGGUCUUCACAUGAAUGUUUCCAGUUUCCUUGAUAGAACCCUGUUGCCCAGUGUUUUGGUCCACGCCAGUGAGGAGUGUAUUGAACAUGUUAAAGAAGUUUUCAAAGUGAUUUUGAAAAAUCGCUAUGGCGAUGCUAUUAAAGCUAUUGAUCCUGAUUUCUAAUUAAAAUGAGUACAAAUUUUUUAUAGAUUUAAAAGUUUUAGUUCUAUA